AGUCGUCUCCCCUUCCUUCCGCUUCUGUUGCUCACAGAGGCCGGCAGGCCGCUGAUGCUACCUUCCUUCUUGAUCUUCUAGCUGCAUGCUCUUAUGCCUCUGGCAUGGGGAUGGAGGAUCCGACGGCGACCGCUUCUUUGGAUGGCACCAUUUCGAAGCUUCCAGGGAAGCUCGACAGGCUACUUCGUCAUGGUACUCGCAGAAAAAAAAGGCUAAUGCACCAUGUCUGCACCCUGCCCAAGGGCGUGGUGGAUGAGGUACCCCUCAUCAAGGCCGAUCUUGAGAAAAUCUUAGCAAUUUCCUCAGAUCUGGAGGACGACCAGGCUAUGACGGCCAGGUGCUGGAGGAAGGAGGUACGCGAGCUGUCCUACGAUAUGGAGGACUUCGUCGACCAAUAUGAGCACGCCCAUGCCGUGUCCUGUUCCAGAUCCAUGAUUCGUGGCCGCAAGAUUGCUACUCAGCAGCGGCGUAAGAGCAAGAUUAGUCUCCCUUGGCUCCGGGAAAAGCUGAGGCGGCGGCUGUGGAUGGCCAACAAGACCAGAGAAUUCAGCGCGCGCACGCAAGAGGCGCUCCAACGGCACAGCUUGUAUAACCUCGACGCUGUUGCUGGCGCCUCUGCUUCUAGUAGGCGCACUUGUGCAUAUUCUGACCCUGCUUGGAAUUCCACACCUUGUGGGGAAGAGGACGCCUAUGUUGGUAUCAAUGAUGCUAUGGAAGAGUUGCUGAUGAUGAUGCAUGAUGAUCACGGGCACCAGAAGCUUAAGGUUGUGUCCAUUGUUGGGUUCGGAGGGAUUGGCAAGACAACACUUGCCACCGAGCUUUACCACAAGCUUGGGCAUCAGUUCGAAUGCCGGGCAUUUGUUCGGACUUCCCACAAGCCUGAUAUGAGGAGGAUUUUCAUCAGCAUGCUCUCCCAAGUUCGCCCACACCAGCCACCUGAUAAUUGGACGGUCCAUAGCUUAAUUUCCACCAUCAGGACACAUCUGCAGGAUAAGAGGUACUUGAUUAUAGUUGAGGAUGUAUGCACUGCGUCAACAUGGGACAUAGUUAAAUACGCUUUACCAGAUAGCAAUUGCCGCAGCACAAUAUUAAUAACAACAGAAAUUGAGGAUCUAGCUCUGCAAUCUUGUGACCAUGACCCCAAGUAUGUUUAUAAGAUGAAACCUCUUGGUGAAGAUAACUCGAGAAAAUUAUUUUUUGGCUUGGUUUUCGGCCAGCAUGAAUGUCCUUUGGAACUCAGGGAAAUUUCUUGCAAUAUUAUAAGUAAAUGUGGUGGCUUGCCAUUGGCCAUUGUGACUGUUGCCAGCAUUUUAUCAAGUCAGCCAGGCGUACAAGGUCAAUGGGAUUUUGUCAAUAAAUCCAUAGGUGAGAGUUUGUUGACAAAUCCUACCUGGGAAGGGAUGAAACAAGUCCUCGACCUUAGCUACAACAAUCUUCCCCAGCAAUUGAAAGCGUGCAUCUUAUACACUAGUUUGUAUGAAGAGGAUAUCAUAAUUUGGAAGGAUGAUUUAGUUAACCAGUGGAUAGCUGAAGGUUUUAUCCAGACAACUGGAGGGCAAGACAAGAAACAAAUUGGAAGGUCCUUUUUUGAUAGGCUUAUCAGUGGAAAACUGAUACUCCCUGUAGAUAUAAAUAGAAAUGGUGAGGUUUUGUCCUGCGUGGUUCACCGCAUGGUACUAAAUCUUGUUAUUAGAGACAAGUCAAUGGAGGAGAACUUCGUCACUGCAAUACAUCACUCUCAAGCAGACACCAUGCUUGCUGACAAGGUUCGUCGGCUGUCUCUUCAGUUUGGUAAUGCAGAAGAUGCAAUACCCCCAUCAAAUAUGAGACUGUCACACGUUCGAACACUAGCAUUUUCAGGGGUCUUCAAGUGUUUGCCUUCCAUUGAGCAAUUUCGUCUUCUUCAAGUUCUAAUUCUUCAUUUCUGGGGCGAUAAGGAUAUCAUCAGUUUUGACAUCACUAGAAUUUCAGAACUUUUCCGGCUGAGAUAUUUGAAGGUCACAUCCAAUGUCACCUUAGAACUAGGUACCCAGAUGCGAUGCCUGCAAUCUUUGGAAACACUUGCAAUAGAUGCAAGAGUAAGUGCAGUUCCAUCAGAUAUUGUUCAGUUGCCAGGCUUACUGCAUCUCCGUCUUCCUGCUGAGACAAACCUGCCAAAUGGGAUUGGGCACAUGACAUCACUUCGCACACUUGGAUAUUUUGAUCUGAGUAGUAAUUCGUUGGAGAAUGUACAGAGCCUUAGCAUGCUGACCAAUCUCGGAGAUCUCCAGCUCACCUGUUCUACAAAAGAGCCAGAAAGUCUGAAUAUGAAAACGCCAUUCCUGCUGAUGAACAUGAUUCUUGAGAAACUCAGCAACCUCAAGUCUCUAGCUCUGGUACCAACAAGAACUUUCAGUUAUUAUACAAAAUCUAUCGAUGAUGACGCUGGUGCUACCUGCAUCACCAUUUCUGAUGGCUUCAGCACUUUGUCCUCUGCCCCAGCCCUUCUUCAGGGUUUUGAGGUUUCACCACGAAUUUGCAUAUUCUUCUGUACGCCCAAGUGGAUUGGACAACUCCACAAGCUCAGCAUCUUAAAGUUUGGAGUUAGGAAAAUAGACAGAGAUGGUGUCGAUGUCCUCAGAGGAUUGCCUGCUCUUGCUGUACUCUCCCUGUAUGUCCACACCAAACCUGCAGCAAGAAUAGUCAUUGGGAAGAUCGGAUUUUCAGUUAUCAAGUACUUUAAGCUCAAAUGCUGUGAUCCUUGCUUGGAAUUCGAGGAGGGUGCUAUGCCUAAUCUCCGUAGGCUGAAGCUUGCGUUCAAUGCCUGCAAUGCUGAUCGACCGAGUACAAUGCCUGUCGGAAUCAAGUACUUGUCAGAGCUGAAAGAGGUAUCUGCAAAAAUCUGCGGUGCUGAGGAAUCACACACAAGGACUGCCCAAUUGGCAUUUAGAGAUGUCAUCAGGGUGCAUGCUGGGUGUCAGAGCGUCAAUGUACAAUGUGUAAAGCAGAUCAUUAGCAGUGAGGAUGAUCAGAGUAGUCAGAGUAGCAUGAAAACAGCGAAAUAUCCACGAAUUCAAUAUUUACCUUCCCCUGCCCAGGCCCCAGGCCGGAAUCAGAACCGGCACCGGCGCUGGCCCGACAGCAUCCCAAGAGAGCAAACUACUGUGCGGCAAAUGUUGACACCGACCCCAUACGAGGACGGUUACCAGUGGAGGAAGUCCGGGCAGAGGAUGAUCAACAAUGAACGUUUCCCGAGGUGCUACUACAGCUGCGCCUACCGCCGCGACCGCAAAUGCCGGGCCAUCAAGCUGGUGCAGCAGUACAACGACGGCGCGCCGCCUCUGUUCGCCGUCAAGUACUGCAACCACCACACAUGCGUCCCGGAGGCAAACCCGGCACGCCGGAGCCGGGGCCGGAACAAGGAGCUGCCGCUUGGCUUCGGAACCUCUGUGGCUGGAGCUGAGCAAGGAACUCGACUGCAAAUUAGAAACAGCUACAGAGGAGACUCGUCGUCGUCCGAGUCCAGCCGCGCUCCUCAAUCGUCAGAUAUGAUAGUGUUCUAUGACUCGACGUCAGAGGAGACUAUGUACGUAUUAGGGCCGGGGUCAUGGUACUAAUUAAAUAGCGGUUGUAUAAAUAGAUAGCAGUGGUCUACCACUGUAACGUACUACUAGUACUGGAUCAGAUUUAGCAGGUUGUAGAACGGCUCUUAUAAUCCGUAUGAUGACCUACACGUAAUGUGUGGACACCAUGGGUUUUCUUCUUAUGUUAGACAUAUCAGUUAUUUUAGUACAGUUAAAUACUCACUAUUCAUAGUAUACAUGCUUAAAUUCAUGUGAUUAUCAUA